CAAGUAUCGGCUUCGGGGAAAACAACAUCGAAAAGACCCCAGCCUCAAGCAAAAAACACCGAAUAUUCUGCGUCUUAACCACCUGAUGCCACGUGCGACGUAUUCACUGUAACACUUAACUCUUUACACACAAAAUGCCUCAGAACGAGCACAUUGAGUUACACCGCAAGCGACAUGGCUACCGCCUGGACCACCAUGAAAAGAAAAGGAAGAAGGAGAGCCGUGAGGCCCAUGAGCGGUCCCACAAAGCCAGGAAGUUGAUUGGUUUGAAGGCCAAACUGUACCACAAACAGAGACAUGCAGAGAAGAUCCAGAUGAAGAAGACCAUCAAAAUGCAUGAACAGAGGAAGACCAAACAGAAGAAUGAUGAUAAGACCCCAGAGGGAGCAGUGCCAGCCUACCUGCUGGACAGAGAGGGACAGUCCCGCGCUAAAGUCCUCUCCAACAUGAUCAAACAGAAGAGGAAAGAAAAAGCUGGCAAAUGGGAGGUGCCACUGCCAAAGGUGCGAGCCCAGGGAGAGACAGAAGUGCUGAAAGUCAUCAGAACCGGAAAGAGACAAAAGAAAGCAUGGAAGAGAAUGGUCACCAAAGUUUGCUUUGUUGGCGACGGCUUCACUCGUAAACCUCCAAAAUAUGAGCGUUUCAUCAGGCCCAUGGGUUUACGUUUUAAGAAGGCUCAUGUCACACAUCCAGAGCUGAAGGCCACAUUCUGUCUUCCCAUCCUCGGUGUGAAGAAGAACCCCUCCUCACCCCUCUACACCACCCUGGGAGUCAUCACAAAAGGAACAGUCAUAGAAGUCAAUGUCAGCGAGCUGGGCUUGGUUACACAAGGAGGAAAGGUUGUCUGGGGUAAAUAUGCCCAGGUGACAAAUAACCCAGAGAAUGAUGGCUGCAUCAAUGCAGUUCUGCUGGUAUAAGACUCUCAAUACAGACUGUGCCUGGUAACUGAAUUUACAUGAGGACUGUUGACUCCAACGAAGAACACAAAGAUGCCACAAGCAAUGGGCAUCAAACCACAGGACCUUCAGGAAUAUCACUGAUGCUGCACUUGGCAACACAAGCAGUUUUGUACCAGGAUGCUCAAAGGAAAAGGAAAUGGGGUGAUUACUGUGUUAAAUGUGAUUUAAAUAAAUUUGAUAUUACACCAGA